GAGUCCAAGUUUAAAGAAACUGGAGUAAUUACACCUGAAGAAUUUGUAGCAGCUGGAGAUCACUUAGUUCACCACUGUCCUACUUGGCAAUGGUCUUCAGGAGAAGAGCUAAAAGUCAAGGCUUAUCUGCCAACAGACAAACAGUUUUUGGUAACUAAAAAUGUGCCGUGCUACAAAAGGUGUAAGCAGAUGGAGUACUCAGAUGAGCAGGAAGCAAUUAUAGAAGAAGAUGAUGGUGAUGGGGGAUGGGUAGACACUUUUCACAAUGCAGGUAUAGUGGGUGCAACAGAAGCAGUUAAGGAGAUCACACUAGACAGUAAGGAUAAUAUAAAAAUACCAGAACGUUCAGCAUCUUGUGAAGAUGAUGAUGAGGAAGAUGAAGGAGAAGCUGCAGACAUGGAAGAGUACGAAGAAAGUGGGCUUUUGGAGACAGAUGAUGCAACGCUUGACACAAGACAGAUUGUAGAAGCUAACAAAGCUAAAGUUGAUGUUGGAGGGGAGGAUGCUAUUCUACAGACUAGAACUUACGACCUCUACAUCACUUAUGACAAAUAUUACCAAACUCCAAGGCUCUGGUUAUUUGGAUAUGAUGAGCAACGGCAGCCUUUAACAGUAGAGCAUAUGUAUGAAGAUAUCAGUCAAGAUCAUGUCAAGAAAACAGUGACCAUUGAAAACCAUCCUCAUCUCCCUCCACCUCCCAUGUGCUCAGUUCACCCGUGCAGGCAUGCAGAAGUUAUGAAGAAAAUAAUCGAGACUGUUGCAGAAGGUGGGGGAGAACUUGGAGUUCACAUGUACCUUCUUAUUUUCUUGAAAUUUGUACAGGCAGUCAUUCCAACAAUAGAAUAUGACUACACGAGGCACUUUACGAUGUAACUAAAAUAAGAGAUGUCCUCCUCUAAUCAUCAAAUCUUUUUUUUUUUAAAUAACCCAUCCAUGUGACUCAUACAACAUUAUACAAAAUUUCUGUAACUAACCUUUUAUCAGCUUGAUGAAUUAAAAUAAAAUAUUCCAUUACCA